GGGUCUGCAACAGCUCUCGGCCGAGGUUCACGCCCCCCUGCAGCAUGAGGGUCUCCACGGUGGUCCUGUGCCUGCUGCUCACCUCCAGCACCCAGGUGCUCGCUCAGCCAGAUGCACUCACUUCCAUGUCCACCUGCUGCUUCACAUACACCAAAAAGAAGAUCCCUCUGCAGAGGCUAAAGAGCUAUCGGGUCACCACCAGCCAGUGUGUCCGGAAAGCUGUCGUCUUCAGAACCAAGUUGGGCAAGAACAUCUGUGCCAACCCGAAGGAGAAUUGGGUCCAGAAUUAUGUGAAAUACCUGGAUCAAAAGAGAACCUGAGCCCUUCCAGCCGUGCACGCUAAGACAAAGCCAGGCUGGUGUGGCUCAGUGGUUGAGCGUCAACC